CUUCCACAGUCUAUACGAACAAACGCUACAUCACAUUCCUCGACGGUUAUCUACGCCGACCCUAUUCCGACUUUGGUAAACACCUAAACCCCAUCUCCCUUACCUUCAUCAGCAACAUCAACAGAGUCAUCAUGUCUGCACCACGAGGAGGAGGACGCGGGCGAGGCCGUGGUCGAGGUCGAGGUCGUGGAGACUACUACACACCCAGCGAUCGCCAGGAUCAAGACCAAAAUCAGCAGCCCCAACAACAAGCAGAACCCGAAGGAAAGAACAGCACCAUCGAACUUCUCAAGGGCUUCCUGCAGCGCCGCUACGACCCUUCCACUAAGUUACUCAACUUCUCGACCAUCGCCACAGACGAAGAAGUUGCUAAAAGCGGAAUGUUCCGACAAGAGUCAACCCAGAAGAAAUUUUUUCCCGCACUCAUGGUUGUUUGCGACGACAUGCUCGAAACCCGAGAAGCUAAGGAGGCUGCAAUCGAAAGCGUCACGCUAUGUGGUAACAAUAUUACAAACCUUAACGUCAUCUUCGACCUGUGCAAGACGCUUAAUCACAUCAAAAACCUCGACCUGAGCGGCAACGCUUUCCAUUCCAUUAACGCCCUCAAGCCAUGGAAAGGCCGAUUCCGGAAGCUGGAACACCUCAUCAUCGAUCCCUUCAGCAAUAUCGGCUGGGAGGAGGAGAUCACAUCAUGGUUCCCCAAACUUAAGAUCCUGAAUGGAGUCCAAGUCCGCGCCGACAAGCCUGCAGCUGGCGACGCCGGCAUGAUCACAGACGCACCCAUGGCCGCAGAACCACAAGCAAUGGCCGGUGCAAUAGCACCAACGCCGGUACUACCGGUCCCAACGUUUGACCAGCAGAAGGAGGAAAUGAUUGCGUACGUUCAGAACGCAACGAAUUUGAAGCGAGACUACGCGAUACAAUGCUUGGAAGCAGGAGGGUGGGAGCUAAAUCGCGCAGGGGAGCUGUUUACACAAAGCCAGCCUAGUCUGCCCCCAGAUGCUUACAACUAGACGUUGUGCCUAUGCGGCGAUGGAAGUUUGUUAAACAGCUCGGGACGGGGAUGGUGUGUGUUUGUUUUGCACUGCAUAGCGGGUGAAGUAAGGAGGGUGACUUAUGAUUUCGACAAGUGUACACGGGAUAACGGGAUGACGAGAGAAAGAGAAAUGAAAGCCACCGAAGCUGAAAAUUCGACAUCUUAC